UGAUAUGCUGAAGCGCCGUGAAAUCGUCAAAAUGAACAUUGGGGAGGACAAUACUAAUUUUCGUUCCAAACGCGCAAAAAGAGGGCCUCUGGUCGGCAACUGGCAAGAGAAAUGUAAGCCCUGCAUGUGCGUCUACAAAGUUGUGACAGUUAACGUCAGGACACACUUUCCGGGAGCUGAAAAACUAGUUGAGCUUGAACACCGAAAGAUCAACGCCAAAUUCCACCAGCAAAUCUUCACUUCUAUGGACAGCUGGUUUGGGCUGACUUGGGACGAGGUUCGAGAACAGGAAGUGCAACUUCGCACAGAAUUGGAUACGCAACGUGCAGCUAGUUUGGUCACCGCUUCUUCUCGUUGAGAUGGGGGAUAAUGAAGAAUAGAUGAUAGA